GUUUGUGUGCUGGCCGGAAGAGCCGAAGGUGUGGAUCUUCAUAUCGCGGGAUUUUUUCCAACUACGUACAAUCUCAGUGAAGGUGCCAUCGGUCGCGGAGUGGUUCCUGCCGUGAACCUUGCUCUCGAACACAUUAACAACGCCACCCAAUUUUUGCCAGGAUACACCCUCGCCAUCCAGUGGAACGACACUCAGUGUGAUCCUGCCGUUGGCAUGAAAUCCUUUUUCGAUAUGGUUCACAGUCAUCCCAAGAAAUUGGCACUUUUCGGGGCGGCUUGCAACGCUGUCACGGAUCCAAUCGCGAAGGCUUCUCAAUUUUUCGAAUUGGUUCAGUUGUCGUAUGCGGACACACAUCCAAUGUAUUCGGACGAAAACUACCCGAAUUUUUUCCGAGUAGUGCCAAGCGAGGCUGCGUUUAAUCCCGCGAUGGUCUCCCUGCUCAAACACUUCAACUGGACCCGCGUUGGGUCGUUGUACCAAACAAACCCGCGACAUUCUCUGCCACAGAACGCUCUCCACACCGAGCUCGAUAAAGAGAAGAUCACAAUCGACGAGAUAGGAGGCAUCGGUGAAGGCGAUGACCUCACAGACGAACUCAGCAAACUCCGAGACAUCGAUGUUCGGAUAAUCCUGGGCAACUUCGACGAAGAGUGGGCGCGCAAAGUGUUCUGCUCCGCGUAUCGUUCGAAGAUGUUCGGCCGCAAGUAUCAGUGGAUCAUCGCCGCCAUGUACAGACCAAAAUGGUGGGAGGUCAAGCAAUCCGAUGUAACUUGUAGUCCAGAGGAGUUGCAAGAGGCUAUUCAUGGUUACAUCGGGCUCGAUCUUCUUCCUCUCAGUACGAACGAGAAUAUAACCGUCUCCGGUUGGACUCCGAGCGAGUACGAAGCACAGUACAACAAGCUGCGUUACAAGGAAUACAGCCGCUUCCACGGCUACGCUUACGACGGUAUCUGGACCUUGGCACUCGCAGUGCACAACGUCAUCAAUAAGUUACGAGCCCAGGAAACACCGAAAAGUUUCACAAAAGUCACCGACUUCCAAUACCGGAACAGCACGUGGGGGAAACUAUUCCGCGAGGCCCUCAACGAAACGGAUUUCAUUGGAGUUACGGGUCCAGUGCGAUUUUUCAAGAACGAGCGGAAAGGUCAAGUGCUCAUAAAACAAUUCCAAAAGGGAUCCGGGGAGGUGAAAAUUGGAGAAUACGAUUGUUUGGAAGACCGGCUCGACCUCAAUAAAGGACAUAGCAUCAUUUGGAGAGAUGGGAGAACGCCACCCAAAGACCGGUCUCAAGAAGUCAUUGAAAGGACGCGAGUGAAUCCCACAAUGUACGCGGCCGUCAGUGUCACCUGCAUCGUGGGGAUCGUCCUGGCCACUGUCUUUCUUACCAUUAACAUCCGCUUCCGGAAUCAACGCUACAUCAAGAUGAGCAGUCCCUACCUCAAUAACCUUAUCAUUGUGGGCUGUAUGCUGACAUACACCUCGGUUAUCCUGCUCGGCAUGGACUCGGGAUUCACAUCCGUUGAGAACUUCCCCUACAUCUGUGCCGCGCGGGCCUGGGUGCUCAUGUCUGGAUUCACCUUGGCCUUCGGUGCUAUGUUCAGCAAAACAUGGAGAGUUCACGCUAUCUUCACCAAUAUCAAGCUCAACAAAAAAGUGAUCAAAGAUUAUAAACUGUUUAUGGUCGUUGGUGUAUUCCUGCUACUGGACAUUAUCAUAUUGACAACGUGGCAAAUCAUAGAUCCGUUCUAUAGGGACGUAAAAAGGGGAGAUCCAGUGACGUCAGACGACGACAUUGCGGUCAUACCGGAGAUGGAGUACUGCCAAAGUGAGCACAUGACUAUUUUCCUGGGCAUCGUCUACGGAUACAAAGGCCUACUCAUGAUCUUCGGCUGUUUCCUUGCCUGGGAGACGCGUCAUGUCUCGAUCCCCGCCCUCAACGAUUCCAAAUAUGUGGGCAUGAGUGUCUACAACGUGGUGAUCAUGUGCUCGAUUGGAGCCGCCAUUUCGUUUGUUCUGCGAGAUCACCAGGACGCUGCCUUCAUCAUCAUAUCAGUGUUCAUCAUAUUUUGCUCCACGACAACUCUUUGUCUAGUGUUCGUCCCCAAGUUGGUAGAACUUCGCCGAAAUCCCGCAGCCGGCGAGCAACGCGUUCGGGCCACCCUGAAGCCGUUAAAGAAAUCGAGGAGAGAUUCCGAUUCAGAUAGCAACGCGAACAACCGGAUCAAGCAGCUGCAAGAUGACAACGUCCGUUGCAGGACGCGUCUCGAAGAGAAAAGUAAAGAGCUCCAGCAGCUGGUUGCCCAACUCAAUCAGCCAGAUCCGGUUCAAAUCGUGAUAACAAACCAGCACCAAGAAUCCAGCGGUGCGAGCAAAGUACCCAUAAGUACAAUUCCUGAAGUGAGCUCACCCUCACCCUCGCAAUCCCAGAGCAACUCCACGUCACAAAAGGCAACGCAAGAGUACAACCCCAAGUUUCACGACGAAUGUCAAGCCCUCCGGUCAUACCGCCAGGACUCAGUGAUAUCGACUUCGGAGGAUACUGAUAAUCUGAUCCACCAUCACAAGUCCGACAGCAGGAAGCUUUCGAUGGCGUCGCUUCAGGGCAGUCUGCUUGUGGCGACCUCGAUCCUAGAGGGCGCAGUGAACGCAUGCGGAAACGUUGGCAACGUUGGUGUAGAAAGCGAAAUCGGAGAGGGUACUGCAAGUGUUCAAGUUCUGCAGACUCUUCGGCCGCUGUCGCUGAUUUCAGAGGUACAGCAAAUGAUGCAAGCCCAGCAAGUGUGCUAUCAGCCCUCAUUGACCGAUGAGGUCGACGACGGUAUCGACGAGGGACACCACAGUCCUGAUAACGUCAAGCACAGCUCGAGCUGUUUUGGCACCGGUAUGAUGUGCGCAUCACAGAUGAACCACAGGAAUCGCGGCUAUGGAGCUGAAGAUGUUGGCCCAACGAAGACCAUCAACAAUAUUAUCGACUACGGUCUCAACGGUAGGGUUCUUCUUCUCGUCUUCGGCCCCGGCGGGGAAUGCACAUGCGUUGGGAUGGACUCACGGGUUCGUCGGAGGACAAAAAGCCUCGGAGCUCUCCGCCAAGGGCAAGCAGAAGACUCGGCGCAACAUGAAGCCGGCCGAACAUCACAGGCCGACAGCGGUACCAACAGCGGGGUCACCCUGAGGGGUCUGACCGCCUCAUCGCAGUUCCUGCCUUACCUCUUCUCGAAUCAGAGCGCAGGCUCCGCUAGUGUCGCAACUGCCGGACUGACUCACCAAGAUCGUGCGGCACUCUUUGCAAGCUACCCCUCCGUGAAAUGUGAUAUAGUUGAAUAUUUAUGA